AUGGAAUUACACGUAUACAUUGCCCAUACGGGCCAACAUCUUCAAGUCGACCCUGGAUCCUUCACCUCUUUGGACGAUUUCAAGAAAUGGGUAGCCAAAUAUACGCCUAUUGCCGCCAGUGAUCACAUAUCUCUUACCGCGGCAGCCAAGGCAGUGCGAUUUCAAGCUCUUUCCUCAGAGCAAGAGAUAUUCGUAUACGAUAGGCGCAUCAUCCAGCAAUCCUCUAUUGCAUCCGCAAAGUCAUUGAUAUCCGAAAUCCCUCUACCGCGCAAAUACACCGUCUCUCAACCCCCAGACUCGAUCACAAACGAGAAGAACCUACAAGCAUGGAAAGACCUAUUCGCCGAGAGACGGGCAUGGGCUGUGAAGGUGGUGGACGAUUGUGCUGCCAUGUCAGAUCAAGCGCAGCAAAGAUAUAUCGAGACAGAGGUGAUUACUCGAUGCGUGGAUACCGCCGUUUUGAAUUUGGAGAAGCAUGUCAAAGCGCUGGAUCAAAAGAAUGCGGAGGUUCAAAACGACGUCGAGGAGAUGCAAAAGCUCAAUACCACUAACAGGAAUUGGGAAGCGUCCAUAUCUCGACUAAAAUCACUACCUGCGAGCGCAGAUGUGAUCAAGUUCAUCACAGGCCGGGAUUUGUCGAAUAUGCAGCGCCCGAUCACCUUGGGGGACCUGAUUGAUGCUGAGGAGGUUAAGAGAUCUGGAAAGAUGUUACGGAACAUCUCGACAAACCUCGAGCAAAAGAGUGUAGAGGUCGGUCAAGAUGUAGACGAGGUCAUGCGAAGAAUUGAUCUUCUAAUCGAAAAGGUCGAGAAGAGUCCUGCACGAGCGGCUAUUCCGCAUGCUCAAGAGCCUAUUUCUUUAAUGGAGGAUAUUGAAGCUAUCUCUAAAAAAGUCAAUACUGACUGUGAAACUGUCCUGGGCUUUGCUAAUACCCCGAAAAAUAUUUCACAGGCUUCAAAAUCGGCCCUUCUUCACACCGAGAAAUUCUUACCAUCUUUAUCGAAAAGAGCACUGGAAAUGGAGGGAAUGGUGCAGACUGUUACUAAAUUGCGAAAUUCUACCGCAAUCUCGUCCCUAGAGUUCAUGUAUGACAUUGCUAGCCUGACAACAAUGCUUGCCGAAGUAAAUGGUCGAUUUGCCGCCUUGGAGUUAGAUAGUGAUGUGAUUGAUGCCUUGCAUAUGAUAUCCAUGCUAGACACAUUACCAGUCACGUAUGCUUCAUUCUUGGCCGAGGCGGUUAGACGAAGCGAGUGGGAUGAGAAAGUCAAAUCAGAUUCUUCUACCUUGGCUAACGAAAUGGCGAAUUUCCAGGAGGAGGAAACCAGGCGGCGACGAAAGUGGCAGAAGAACAUAGGGGCUACUCUGUGGGAAGAGAAGCCCGAAACGCAAGUCAUGGCUUUGGAAGUUAUCUUGCAUGGGGAGAAAGAUGAUUGGCCUCAAGCAUCUAGACGGGAUUUAGAAGAAAUUUUCGAAAUACUUAAAGCUGACGAUUCUCAAUCUCCGAUCGUAAGCGACAUCUCAAGAAUCAUUUCAGAUCUUAACAAUCCAACGAGGCAGCAAAGCAGGAGGGCAAAUGCCUUUAAAGCAGGAAGUAUUCAUGAAUCUGCUCUUGGCAAAAGUGCUCUCCUGAUGCGUGGAGAUAAUGACGUGUUAAAAAGCCUGCAAGAUGAUAAAUUAAAGCUCGAAAACAAACUUAAAACUGCUGAAAGUCGAGUUCGAAGGCUUGAAGAUCUAUUCCAUCGGCAAACACAGGUUAGCAGGACUUCAAGUGGUAAUGUAUUUCCAGUACCCAAUAAUCCUAGCCCGGAUGUCCAAAAUGUGGCAAAUCCCAUGGCGUCACCACGUCUCAAUGACGACUCUCGUCGUUCUUCCAUCUCAUCUCGACGCUUUUCUGCAAACCGAGGAGAGGAAGAAAAGGCAUUCCAGCAGAAAUUGCUUUCCUUGGAGGCAGAAUUGAUAGCCGAACGUGAACGUGCUUUGGGUCUCGAGAAAGAAGUUUCUGCGAAGAACACCUCAAUGAGCGAGUUGAACUCUCAACUUGAAGAAGUAAAUUCUAUGAAACAAGACCUUUCGGAAAACUUCAAAGCACAGCAACGUGAUUUCAUGGAAGAGCGCAAAUCUUUGGAAGUCGAAAUCAAGCGCCUCAAGGCGAGACUAGAAGAGCUGGAGGACGAGAUUGAUAGAUAUAUAGGCUCCAGAGAGAAUGAGAAGUCCGAUGUUGAUGAUCGUCUUCGUCUCUUACAAGGAGAGUUGGAAAAAUUACGCAAGGAUGCUGCUGCGGAAGCUCAGAAAGCUCAAGGUCAGGUUGACUUUUUGAGAAAUGAUGCGAAAUUACAAAGGGAGACCAAUGAAACUUUGGAAAGACAAAUGCAGAGCCUCAGAGAAGAAAAGAAGGAAUUGAUGUCCCGGACUAUUCAAGCAGAAUCACUCGCUGAGGAUCAACUCAAAGCACUGCAAGAUAUGCAUUUACAACUAUCGCCGAAGUUAAGGAUGCCACAAGAGUUCACAGCUCUUUCAGGAUCAUUGACCAACAAAUCAUUGAACCUGUUAUCUGACCUUGAGAAUACGAAACGGGAUUAUAACCUUGCGAAGUCACAACGAGAUGACGCAGAGACGACAAUAUCAGAACUCAAAGACGAACUUACGAAAUAUAGAGAGAAAUUUGAUCGCGAAGAAAAGGCAUCUCGAUCCCUUCGCGAAGAAUUAGCUUCCGAAAAAGCUAAAUUUACCGCUCUCGAGGCCGAACUUACUGAUGAACGCCUUCAAUUAAGCUCCCUAAGAACCAAGAUGGCGGACGGCGAGACGGGCUCCGAAGCUCUGCGCAGUCGUCUGGAGGAAGAAGAACGAAAGGUCACAUCAUUGUCGGAAGAUCUCGCUGGACAGCUUUCACGAAUUGGGAGUCUUGAGGAAGAAACGAGAUCGCAUACAGAGAAAAACCAGUUUGCACAAGAAAGGUUUGAGAGAUUGAAUAGCCGAUUCGAUUCACGUACUUCACGUGCAAAAGACCUCACGCAGCGAUUGUACUCACAAAAUGAUAAACUUGUCCGACUACUUGAGCGAUUGAGUUAUUCUGUCACCAAGGAGAAUGGCUCCAUGAUCAUUCAAAAAUUGCCAAAGCCUGAUCGUAGCAUCAUCAAUGGAAAUGAUUCCUCGGAUGCGGGAAAUAAAAUCAGGCGAAGCAUGACAGGCUCUACAACCAUGAGAGCCAUGAUUGAUAGUGGAGAUCUCGACUUGUUAUAUUGGAUGCACAACGAUGAUCCUGAAGCAGAAGGCGAAAAGUAUGAUGCUUAUAUCAAUUCUAUCGGUAGUUUUGAUGUGGAUAACUUUUGCGAGGUCAUCGCAAAGAGAGUCAGGGAUAUAGAAUAUACAGCCAAGAAAUACUCUAAGGAUGCUCGUUCUUACAGGGAAAAGUCUCAUAGAGCUCAAAAGGAAGCUCACGAGAAAAUUGCUUUCAAGAAUUUCAAAGAAGGCGAUCUAGCUCUGUUCCUACCAACUAGAAAUCAAUCUACCGGAGCAUGGGCUGCGUUCAACGUUGGCGCUCCUCAUUACUUCCUUCGGGAACAAGAUUCCCAUAAAUUGCGCUCACGCGAUUGGUUACUAGCUCGAAUACACAAGAUCGAGGAUAGAGUUGUCGACCUCUCCAAGUCCAUGACCGACGGUCGCUCCUUUGCAAGUACCGGCGGCGAUUCCUUCGAAGAUGAUAAUCCGUUUGAUCUUUCUGACGGUCUCCGCUGGUAUCUCAUCGAUGCUGCGGAAGAAAAGCCUGGUGCACCAUCUACCCCCGGUCUCGCCAAAAGCACAGUCGCCAGCGCAAAUAUUGACGCCACAGCAACAAUUCGUCGUUCCAAAAAAUCAUCUACUACCGGUGCUGAAGGUCUCAAUAAAACUCUUGCCAAAAGUCUCGAUAGUCGUCGGAGUAGUAGUACUUCUAAGAAAGCCAUUCCGGCUGCUUCAAUACAACUGAGAAAAACAGACUCUACGGCUUCGGUUAGUGGAUUGAGAAAUGAGGCGAAUGAUGAUGUGACGAGUACGGGUGCGGACUCAAUACUUGUGAGGAAUGUAGAUGGCAUUGCUGAUGGAAAGGCCAAUAGCGAGGUUCGAAACCCUUUGGAUAACCUCUUGGGUCCUUGA